AUGCUAUUCAGUCGUAUUGAAAAAUUUGAAGCAUCUGCACACAAUUCACUGAUUGGGUCGAAGCAAGUUUUAGUCCGCAAUUUACGUACUCCAAAAUGUGCCAGAUGUCGUAAUCAUGGAGUUAUAUCCAGUGUAAAAGGUCAUAAAAAAUUAUGCCAUUGGCGUGAAUGCACCUGUGCGAAUUGUCAACUAGUCGUGGAUCGUCAAAGAGUAAUGGCUGCUCAAGUUGCAUUAAGACGCCAGCAAUGUAUUAAGGACACUAAUGAAGCGUUUAGUGACGAUUGCAAUCCCGUGUCUUCAAUUUCACCAAUGAAAGCUUUACAGCGCAUUCAACAAGAUUUAAAUGCACAAAAGAAUGUCUAUAAACAACGUUUAAGGCGUUUGCAGCAAUCGGCUUUAUAUGCAGCAGCUGUCAUGAAAAAAAACCAAGAGCAUUUCCCGAGCUGGACUACACCAAUAGUGGAGCGAAUACGUAAAAGACGAGCAUUCGCUGACCCAGAGCUAAAUCAGGUCAGCGAUGCAACUUUGCUUAAUGCAGCUGCUAUUGCCGAUUAUAUCAGUAACUCAAUUACGUCUGCCAAUGUUUUAAUGAACUCACAAACUUAUAUGAUGCCAAGCCAAAUAGCACAUACGUGCUAUAUGUCCUCCACAAAACCAAAAAAUAUUACGUUGAGGAACGCGAACUUACUUCCAGUGCAAGUGGAAGCAAAUGAUGCACAACCCCCAACCCAAGAUCAAAUAAAAACAAUCGCUAAAAAACCGAAAUUGAGUUUCUCUAUCGAGGCGAUUAUUGGAAACUGUUAA